GCAGAAAUGUAAAUAGCGAAAAACGAUGAUCUCGUUUGGCAAAAGAUUGUAUACAAAAUAUACAUACUAUAGGAUAGUGUAUAAAAAAAGAAUAAAAGAAUGGACAAUAUUGUGUGGUUUGUUGAUAGGAAUAGGACUUCUCCUUAUGUACAGUAUGAGAACCCCUACAACAAGUACUGGAACCACAGUUCAAGUAGCAAGUUUGAGGAAAAAUGAAGGAGCUGCUACUGUUACCUUCUGGGGAAGAACAGGGAACCAUAUGUUUGAAUAUUCCACAUUAAUAGGCAUUGCUAAGCGUAAUAAUGUAACUCCAGUGUUAGUUGAAGGUACAGGUUUAUGGGAUUGUUUUGAUUUACCUAUAAAAAUGGGUAAAAAGUCUGACUUUGAAGAUAGUAGAAUAUUGACAGAAUACAGACCGGGUUAUUAUACUCCAAGAGUUACUAAACUGGAUCCUAAAGAAAAAUCCUAUAUACAGGGAUAUCUACAGUCUUUUAAAUACUUUGAAGAUGUAAAAUCUGAAUUAUUACAUAAACAUUUUAUAUUUAAACCUCAGUACGCAAAUAAAGCAAAAGAAUUCAUAGCAGAUGUACGUAAAAAACUCAACAAAGAGCGGGCAGUGACUAUUGGAGUGCAUGUAAGACGAGGUGACCUAGUGAGACAAAAUAGAAAAGGGUAUGCUAUACCACAGAUUCCUUACUUUUAUAGGGCUAUGAACUACUUCAGGAGAAAGUACAAUGAUGUCCUAUUUAUCAUAUGUACAAAUGAUUAUCAUUGGAGCAUGGAUAAUUUAGAUGAUGGACCAGACAUAUAUUAUUCCCCAUAUUACUCUGCCAGUUUGAAUGGUUAUUUAGAUCUCGCCAUUUUGGGCAGUAUGGAUCACAUGAUCAUGUCAGCUGGAUCAUUUUCAUGGUGGGCAGGCUACCUUACUGGUGGCACUGUAAUCUAUUUCCAUGGUUACCCAAGAGAAAACACAGUCAUGGGAAACACCACAAACAAACCAGAUUAUUAUCCGCCUAACUGGGUACCAUUAUAAACAUUCCUUCUGAAGAAAAAUCUUGCCUGUAAGUUUGUGCCAUUCUUGUUGAACUAUACCUGUAGUACUUGUAUUGGUGGAUGAGAGAACACAGGAUAAACAAUCUACAACAUUAAAGGUUGUAACAUACAACAUUUUAGAGAUAUACACUUCAGAUUCAUCUAUAUAAAACAUGACACACAGCAAAUGAUCACUAAGAGCUUAACAGUAAAAAAAGGAACCAGAAGAAAAGUAGAAACUAUUUUAACUUUAUUUACAUCAUGUAUGUAUGGUACAAUGUAUCUGUUUUGGCUUGAUUAAUUAAUAUUAUGUUAAUCGUAUAUACAAAUGAUUAUCAUUGGAGCAUGGAGAUUAAUUUAGGGGAAGAGUUACUCUAAGCUCAUCUGCCCAUACAGUUAAUAUUUUUGCAUUAUAAAUUAAAGACAAAUGUCCAGGCCCAUAUACGGGUUAUUUUGAAGGCAUGAUGUAGGGGGGAGGGUGUAUUUAGAGUCUUGAUGCUCUGACUUUAAUAGUACAAGUUCAAUCUGAAUCUCUACUUCAAUAGUCUUUAAUUGUAUUUAUUUGUUAGCAUGUUUUGGCCAUUAUCUUGAAAAUUAUUAAAGUGACAGAGAAACUAUGCAGCAAAAAUUUAAGCAACAGAACUGAAAUUGUUGAUUGACUAAUUAGAGGAGUUCAUUAAUAAUUUGUUUAUUUUUUUUAUCAAUAAAUGAAUUUUGGUGUUUUUUGCAAUUAUCUUGAAAACUAUAAAAGAUAAAGAAUAAGUGUUUAUACAUGUAUAUAAUAAAAUAAAUACUCAGGAAAUCAAGAUCUACAAAUAAAUCAUUUAACAGAAAUAGAGGAUUGACUCCUUACAGGAGUAGCUUUAAAAUGGCAAUUUUCCCGAAUUUUUUGCCUUUUAAGCUUUUUUCUUGAAAAGUAUAAUAUAGAGAAAAUACUUUUUACAAAAAGUGAUCAGAAAAAUAAGAUCUACAAAUAAGUCAACAAAAAUGAAAUUGGCAAGUGAGGAGAGCUAUUGCUGAUUUAUUGCCUAUUUUGACUGUUAUCUUGAAAAUCAUAUUUGAUUCAGAGAAAUUGUAAAACAGAAAAAAACGAUUAGCAAGACAAGAACUACAAUGAAUCCCAAGUGAUUUUAAAUGUUGACUGAGUAGACCUGUGUCACACCUGAUCACAAUAACUUGGUGUGUAAAAGAUGGCUACGAUUCAUGCUAAUGAUUUUAAUGUCACAUAUUUUUACCAGGUGAGCAAUUAAGGCACCUGGGAACCUCUAGUUUUAAAAAAAUUCUGCCAACAAUUUCACAUUUACAUGUAAAUUGAGCAGAGCAAAUGAAAUAAAACUUAAAAUGGUGCUACUAUUGGUAUGUAUAUACUUUCAUAAUAUUGUACUUGUAUUAUUUUUACUUUUAAUAUUGAUAUCAUAGAAAGAAAAUAAUUUUGUUAUUAAAUGUUUUUAUUUUAUUUUUUCAAACCUAAAAUUUGUGCACUUGUUUUUAUUCUCUGGUUAAACUAUUGUUAUGAUUAUUUUUGUUUUGUUCAAAUUCACCAAAGCAUUUGAAAUUGAAAAAGUGUAAAACAAAUUUAAUUUUGUCAUUGACUUUGAUGAUUGUGGUUCAAGGUUCAAUUGAAUAGUAGAAAUUAGAAUCCAAUGAUUUUGUGUUCUUUUUAACAAAAGAGAAGUAUUUGUGUUUAUUUGUUUACAUUCUGAAUUUUAUUAUGAACUUUUCAGAAAAAGUAACUCUUGUAUAAUAAAGGUUUUUCCGUCAAUAAUCCUUCUGAAGAAAGAAUGUCAUACUUUCAUGAACACUUAAGAUUAUACUAGUAGUCUUCAUCUUGUAAAGUUCAGAUGCACAGCGUUGAUUUCAUUUUGCUUUUUCACCAAUUUCACCAAGGAUGUAACUCAUUGACAUUCAUUAGUUAUAAACUAUGGAAUGAAUUCAGUUUAUAAAUGGGUUACUCUUGAAUUUAAAGAUAAGAAUUCAUAUUUACACUCUUGUGUUCGGCCAUGCUUAUUUUAAAUUUUAUCUAAAACUAAGGGCCAUAUUGAAGUCACAUUCAACCUACUCCUUUGAUCAAGGUAGGAAACAGUAAAAUGAACCUUCAUAUUUUCAGUUGUAAUGGUUAAUGUGAUGUAGUAAAUAAAUUGUUUUUUGUGUCACAUUGUCUUAAAUCCUUAUCAAACUUAUAUUAUCAGGACAUCCAUUGGCCAUCAUAUCAUAUUAUAUGCACAGUACUUGCCAAAAUUGAUAAUGUUUCUUAUUGGUCUGCUAACAUGAAUCUCUUUGACUCUUAUUCUAAGUUUGUUUGACUGCAACAUGGUGCUCGGCUAUACUCAGAUUAAUGUAUGUAUAUUAGUUUUUUAAGUUGAUUUUAGUAUUUGUUCAGGAUGAAUCAUGAUUUAAUUUUUUUAUGAUAAAAUCAUGAUCAUUAUCAAAGUUAUGAAUGUGUAUUAAAGUGUAGCUAAAUUAUUAUA